AUGGCUCCCCGCACCGACCAAGAUGAGCCCCAGUUGGUGUGUCAUCGGAGGGUGGAGAGCGAGAAGAAUCAACGGCGGCAGUUAGAGCUCAAGCAGCUAGCAGGUGAGCUCAUCGAGCAGAUCAGCAGUUGCUGGGCUACAAAUGAUCGUAACCCUGCUGGAGGGUGCCAGGCACAGCUCAAUGCUUUAUCAGUCUGUGGCAUAGCUAACCUCAAUGACAGAAUAGUAGGUGGACUGGAUGCUGUUUCUGGGUCUUGGCCUUGGCAAGUCAGUCUGCAAGCAUGUGGACACCAUUUCUGUGGUGGAUCCCUCAUCAAUGAUAGAUGGGUCCUCACUGCAGCACACUGCUUUGGAAGUAACAUCUGUCCAGUGACUGUAAAACUGGGCCUGUAUACUCUAGAAGGAAACAAUGCUUACCGUGAAUCAAGAUGGCUCAAAAGAGUCAUCAUACAUCCAGACUACAGAAAAGGAAAGCAUGACAACGACAUUGCUCUGCUGCAGCUGUAUUCUAAUGUAUCAUUCAACGAUUAUAUCACUCCUGUCUGCCUGGCUGAAACAGGGAGCACUUUUUACAAUGGCACCUUGACCUGGGCUACUGGCUGGGGAGACAUUUGGAAUGGAGUAAAUCUACCAUCUCCUGGGAUACUACAAGAAGUUCCUGUCCAAAUUAUUGGAAACAAGCAGUGUUACUGUUUAUAUGUAAAAGCUACAUUUCCAAUUUAUUUUGAAAAUAUAAGCAACAAUAUGUUGUGUGCUGGGUUAUUGGAAGGGGGCAGCGACGCAUGUCGGGGUGACUCUGGAGGUCCACUGGUCAUCAAACAUGACUCUCGGUGGAUUCAAGCUGGCAUUGUGAGCUUUGGUUUUGGCUGUGCACUCCCAUAUGUUCCUGGUGUGUAUACAAGAGUUUCUCAGUAUCAGAACUGGAUCAAUCAAGAAAUCACCACAAACCAGACAGGCUUCAUCAAAUAUACAUCCUGUGGCAUUGAUGAGGAUCUGCAGGAGACCUGCCUUGGUUUGCCUCCUGUAUUUUUUCCAGCUAUAGUGUGUGGAAGUGCCCAGUUAAAUAAUAUUUUAAAGACAGGAAGCUCCUUAGCAUCAGCAGGUACAUGGCCAUGGAUGGCCAGCCUGCAGCUUAAUGGGAUUCAUAUUUGUAGUGGAACACUGAUAGCCCAGCAGUUUGUCAUGAGCUCAGCUGAUUGCUUCUCUAGCUCAAGCAAUCCUUCUGAAUGGACUGUGAAACUGGGUCGACUCAAUCAGAACGGCUCCAACCCCAACGAGGUCUCUGUCAAUGUGAUAAAUAUUUCAUUUAGCACAGAUGCCAGUAAUAACAUAGCAGUGCUGAAGAUGUCUACCACUCCUACUCUUUCUGACUUCAUCCAGCCCAUAUGUGUAGACUUCGGGUAUACAAACUUCAGCAUUGGUACUCAGUGCUGGGCAGCUGGCUGGGGAUCAGGGGGAGGAGGUACAGCUCAACAAACACUUCAGCAGUUCAACACCACUAUAGUGGACUGUGGAAAUGCAUCUACAUCAAACAGUAUCUGCAUUAAGCCUAUAACAUUAGAACAGACUGAAAGGCAAGGCCCUCUAAUGUGUAAGACUGAGAAGGCAUGGGUCCAGGCUGCAGUUAUAACCACCAGUUCAAAUUUCUCUGCUUUCUCCAUGAAUAUACAGACAUUAACUAUGAUAUCCAGUCUCACAGAGUCGACGUGA